CGUUGGACAAGAAUGAGAUAUUAUGGGGCAGCAUGAUGUUACGCAUAGGUGGAGGCGUGAUAUGCUUAUCUUUGGUAAGCCUGUGGGUAUCCAGUUUCUGGCAGACUUAUGGUAGGGCUGGUUGGGUAUUAUCAGAACGGCAUAGUACUAUGCGUGAGAAGAAGCAUAAACGCUUACAUUUUGUAAGCCUAUGGGUACCAGCUUUCUACUACAGUCUCGUAGUAGGGCUGAAGUAUUUUGUUUAA